UGGCAUUUUUUCAUAUGUUCCUUUGAUCUCUGUAAUUGUUUUAGGGAGCUAUGUAGUUUUCUCUGAUUAGUUAAUACGUUGCUAAUGUUCUUCAUAACGGAAUUGACAAGUAAUUUUCUUUCAAAAAAAAAUUAUCAUCAAACUUCCUCGAUAAAAAAAGAAAUGUUUAAUAGGGAUGAAUAAAAGAUAUUCGCAGCUUUUCCCGCCAAGAAGAACACAGAGUCUGGAGGAGAGAGAAAAAUGGAGGUGAGUGUUAGCGGGAACGCGCUCAAAACUUUUGCUCGCUCCAUCAACUGCCUUGCUAAAAUCGGCAACGAACUCGCCAUUCAAGCUUCUUCUUCUCAGCUUGCUUUCUACACUCUUAAUGCGUCCCGUUCUGCCUAUCAAUCGAUAUCGUUUAAACCCGAUUUCUUUGAUGUUUGCUCGGUUCCUGGUAAUCAGCAAGUUCAGUUUAGCAUCCUCUUGAAGGCUGUGUGUGCUGUCUUAAGGACUCCUCUUUCAAACAUUGAUCAUUUGAGGGUGCAUUUAUUGGAUGCUGAUGCAGCUAAAGUCAAGUGGACAUUAGAUUGUGUCAAUGGCAUGAGGAAAACCUAUUGGAUAAACUGUAAUGUGGAACCCGAUAUUCAGCAUUUGUCUCUCGACAGGGGAAGAUUCACUAGCAACUUUGUUGUUAGGCCCCGUGAUCUCAACAGAUUGCUUUCUAAUUUUCAGUCUUCUCUUCAUGAGAUCACCAUCAUUGCUACAGAACCAUCCUCUUUUCCUUCAGAAGCUGAAAGUGAGAUUGGUGGGAAGGCUGUAGAACUUCGGAGCUACAUUGACCCUACAAAUGAUAGUGGUUCAUCCUUACACACUCAGCUUUGGAUAGAUCCAGUGGAAGAAUUCCUGCAAUAUGCUCACACUGGAAAUCCAGUAGAUGUUACGUUUGGUGUUAAGGAGUUAAAGGCAUUUCUUUCCUUUUGUGAGGCCUGUGAAGUUGAUAUCCAUUUGUUUUUUGACAAGGCUGGCGAGCCUAUUCUCAUGACACCCAAAUUUGGUUUGGAUGAUGAUGGAUCUACUUCAAACUUUGAUGCCAAGCUAGUUCUCGCAACAAUGCUUACAUCCCAGCUGCAUGAAGGAAAUCCAACUGGCCCUGUUCCAUCAAAUGGAGCCUUGAACAGAAUGGCUAACAAUGAGACAGGACCAGAACCUCAGCAAGAAAGAUCAAGGGUACAGGCCUCUGCUCAUGCAUCUGAACAUACUAAAAUAUGGUCUGACCUUUCAGCAAGUGGUCCCAAAUCUGUUGGUGGCAGUAGGCUGGUUCAAGGUGAAGGAAACACCAUUUCCAAUGAGCAGAGGGAACUUCAAAAGUUUGAUGAAAUGCAAAUUUCAGAGCAUCCCCCUGGAGGAGAAAAUGCCGCUGGUGGUCCAAAUUCCUCUCAUCAUAUGGAAACUGUUCAACGGGUGACACAUCAAGGGUUGCAAGAAAAGGGGGAAGGCUUUUCUCAGCGCCAUCCUAGGAAUUGGGUAGAUGCAGAUGAGGAUGAUGAUGAGGAAGACAAUGAACUAUGUGUUCAGUCUACACCACCAUACUACGAAGAACAAUGAGAGUAAUGGGUGACCGCUCUUCAAUUGUAACUUUUCAGAUGUCAAGAGGCGACUGAUAUAAGCAACGAAUUCCAUGCCUAGUAUUGCUCUGGUGUAGGUAUGAUUGAAUGAUUCGUGAUCAUAUAAAAUAUAUGAUACACCUUUGAUUUAAUUAUUUUUGUUAUUAGAAGUAAAUAGUUUUUUAAUGAUGCCAUAUGAAUGUGAUGUGUAUUUUGACGGUUUAUAUUUGAUGGAAGGAUUUGAGUGAUUUUAAGGGUGGAAAUUUGAAAGAUAGUCUUAGAAGGCAACGACUUCUAAGUUUGAUUUUAGGAGUAACGAUCCCAAAACCCUAGUUAACAACUAGUUUGAACCUUAACAAAGUUCUCUUCAAGCAAAAGCUCAAUAAUCUCAAAUUAUAAUUCAUAAAACAUCUUGUUAAAAUAAUUGACAUACAACUAGUAUAUAUAGGAAAAAUAAAUCUAUCCUACUUGCCCUGCAAGCAAACUAAAUAAAAAGCCCUAAUAAUUAAUUAAUGAACCAAGAGAGCCCACUAAUUAAUUAACACAACUUUGGAAGCCCAAGGCCCCAUAACUACUACUAAGAAAAUAAUAAAAACAUUAUUAAAAACUCACUUGUAAAACCCCUACUUUAAGAGUAAGGCAAAACCAAGAGAGUACCUAAAUAAAGCAAUAAAAAUAGUUAUAAGGAAGGGGACUCGAUUCACAUCAUUCCCUCCCUCUUAAAAAAAAACUUGCCCUCAAGUUUCGUUCGGAAGACAAGGUACCAAGUCACUAGCCCUCAUAGUAGCGCAAAUUCCCGCUCCAAGAAGUACUUGAAAAGUAUCAUAAUUCUCCCUAUGCACAAUCUUGAAAGGUCCUUCCUCUAAUGGUUCAUUCUUACCUCUAGAAUUAUUAAA